AACAAAAGAAACACGAGGUAUGAGAAAACACAAGCACUUUCAUUUUCAUCCACUAGAUGGCAGCACGUGCCAGAAUCCCCUCUGGUCUGCUGCGCUGAAGAAGUCGGAGCCAUUGCAUCUGUUCUCCUCUCUCUCUCGCUCUGCGUCCAGAGGAGCAGUGGUGUCGGCGUUUGAGAGACAAAGCUGCUUUCUGUUUCCCCACCGUGGAGUUUUUCCGGCUGCACUCAUAUUUAUUUGAGAAAUUCAUCGGUUUCGACAGAAAGGACCAGAGACGACAACAAGAAGAGGGAGAUUAAAAGAGUUUGGCCCCCUUUGGUGUCCAUCCUCUCAGCCUGAUUUAAAUAGCGUUUUUCUUUCCUCGUCUCCGGGGGAAACAUGAGCUUCCUUUUCGGGAACCGUUCGUCCAAGACGUUCAAGCCCAAGAAGAACAUCCCAGAGGGAUCCCACCAGUACGAGCUGCUGAAACAUGCCGAGGCCACGCUGGGGAGCGGAAACCUGCGCAUGGCCGUCAUGCUGCCCGAGGGGGAAGACCUAAACGAGUGGGUGGCUGUUAACACGGUGGAUUUCUUCAACCAGAUCAACAUGCUGUAUGGCACCAUCACAGACUUCUGCACGGAGGAGAGCUGUCCGGUCAUGUCCGCCGGUCCUAAGUACGAGUACCACUGGGCCGAUGGAACCAACAUCAAGAAACCCAUCAAGUGCUCGGCCCCCAAGUACAUCGAUUACCUGAUGACGUGGGUGCAGGACCAGCUGGACGACGAGACGCUUUUCCCUUCUAAGAUCGGCGUUCCCUUCAAGCGCAACUUCAUGUCCGUGGCCAAGACCAUCCUGAAGCGGCUGUUCAGGGUCUACGCCCACAUCUACCACCAGCACUUUGACUCCGUCAUGCAGCUGCAGGAGGAGGCCCACCUCAACACCUCCUUCAAACACUUCAUCUUUUUUGUUCAGGAGUUUAACCUGAUCGACAGGAAAGAGCUGGCCCCGCUGCAGGAGCUGAUCGAGAAGCUGACCACUAAGGACAGAUAGACGGCAACGCAAGCGUGUGUUUUAUUGUUCUAGGUUUUGCACAGACUCCCACCCCCGCCCCCCACCCUGGCUGUACGUAUGCAGUAUGUUACUACAUGGAUCUCCGUCGGGGGAAGUGUUUUUAAUAUCGCCAGGAAGAAGGCUGGGUUUUUUUGAUAGGUUUAAGGCACCAGGACUAAUUUUUUAUCAGGGAUUACAGACUUAAUUAGCAACCAGAGAAACACAUUUAGGCGUUUGGAGGAGAAUCCCUUGUAUCCACGCGCGGCGGCGGCGGCGAUGAUUUGGGACUGUAAAGACACGUCGUAUGUUCCUUGGUUUUUCCCUCGUUUCUUUCCCUCUGCUGGUCCAGCGGCGUGGGGGAGGACGCCGGCGUUUAUUUUUGCGGGGAGAACCGAGGCCAGCUUUAAAGCCUGUUUAACCCUUUCAGUCUCGUUUCAGUCUCCGUUGAGCUGAACUCAAUGUUGCCAUCAGUACAGAGGAACCCUAAGUGCCUAGCACGGCUCGACGUCGCCCCUAUGUCCACAGCGGGAACUGUUAGAAGAUUAAGGCCAUAUUUGAUCAAUAUAUUUAGCGUUUUCAACCUACCUCCCUUUAAACCUAAAUGGCCCUGAAUUCUCCCUUUAGUCAGUUUUUUUUUUCUUUGUACGUUGGAUGGAAAGAGUUUUUUUUCCAUCUCUUUUUCUGUUUGUUUUUUUUGCAAACCUCAUGUGUGUUCUGAGAGGGUGAUGAUAAAUGAAUGUGUUAAAGGAUAUAGAGGUGAGGUUUUUUCCGUCUUAGAGCAGGGACUAAGGGACUAAGAGCUUUUAGGUGUGUCCAGUGACGAGUCCCCGCCUCCUGUAGAAACGCUCGGCGAGGGAAACCUCCAGCUGUACAUACAUACCUGCAGGUAGAUACAGAGAUGCAUAUUUAGCCUCUCCCUCCCCUCCCCGUGUCUGAAGACUCUAAGCGCUCUGAGCCGGAUGACGCUACAUACCUUGGUAUCUGGAUAGCCAUGACGCACUUUGAACAAGUUUCGGAACCACUCUUGCCUGAAUGUUUCCUCCUGCGUAUGUUGAACUCUGCG